AGUCGAUGUCGGUCCCUAGUUUCGAUUUCUCGGUAAAAGAGAAUAAGAGUGAAUCAGACGCGAAAAAGAAGAAUAAGAAAAAUUUUUUAAAAGCACAAUAUCAGAAUUAUUUAAAAGGAUACGAAAAUACUCCGGAAUCCAGAGCUGCCCGAGACCAAUAUGCCGACAAUGUGAGGACAAGCUAUCAAACCGUUUAUUCGGCCGGAGCAGCUACCAUUUUUGAAGAGCUGAAAGGAAAAGGGAUUAUUCCUGAUCCAAAACCAGUAAGAACUUCUGAACACAAGCUAGACAAGUCCCGAUACUGUGCGUACCAUAAAUCUCCGGGACACAAUACCGAUGAGUGUCUCGGCCUUUUAUCAGCUCUCUUACAUUUGAUCGGGCAUCCCCAGCUUCAAAAGUUCAGAAAUUUUGACAAUCGUCGGAAAGGAAGGCCUGUGGAUCUUUCUGACGAGGAAGAAGAUGACAAUCGACCCGCCAACCCAAAAAGAGCUCGCGCGAAUGAUAAGGAAGUUUUUACGUUUUCUACCCUUGUCGGUACUUCGACCGACAACUGCAAAAAGUCCAAAACACAUGACGCAUUAAACUCUUCAUACUGCAUACCUCGAGUUAACUCUAAUACCAAACAGUUGGACACUUCUCGGUGGAAAGCCAAAGCCUAUGCCAGGGAGGCACAAAAUGCCGAGAAACGAGUCAUGAACGUUGAUCUUCGAGAUACCAUUAAUAAGCGAAAUUGUCCUAUCACAUUCAGUAUCGAAGAUGCCAAUCUAUUCGCUCAUCCUCAUUCCGACGCCCUAAUUAUCACAGCCCCGAUUGGAGGGAUCCUCGUCCACCGAAUUUUGGUCGAUACAGGAGCUUAUUCAA